AUGUCUGGGCUUAAAAUAAAAGUGAUAAGUCGAAAUCCUGAAGAUUAUUUACGUGCCACUAAAAAGGAUAUUCACAAAAUUCAGAGGAAUUAUGAUCCAACACUUCAUCCUUUGGAGGCCCCACGCGAAUACGUUCGGGCCUUAAAUGCUGUUAAGUUGGAGAGAGUGUUUGCCAAGCCCUUUUUGGGUAGUCUAGAUGGUCAUUCAGAUGGGGUAUCCAGCAUGGCCAAGCAUCCACAAAGACUUGCAGUAUUAGCAAGUGGUGCAUUUGACGGAGAAAUUAGAUUAUGGGAUUUGGCAUCUAGAAAAUGCACACGGAACUUUGUUGCCCAUGAGGGAUGGGUUCGUGCUAUUUGUUACACACCUGAUGGGGAUACAUUCAGUAGUGUUGGUGAUGAUAAAACUAUAAAAACAUGGAAGUCUGAAGUUUGCGAUGCUGAAGACGAAGACCCUGUCAAUACCUUGUUAAGUAUGUCAGUAGUAUCUGGUAUUUCACAUCACAGAAAUAAGCCUAUAUUUGCUACUUGUGGAGAAAAUUGCCAGUUGUGGGAAAAUACUAGAAAUGAACCUGUUAAAGUAUUCAAAUGGGGUGUAGAUAGUCUACAUCAUGUUGCAUUUAAUCAGGUAGAAACAAAUUUACUAGCUUCCUGUGCUAGUGAUAGAAGUAUAAUUUUGUAUGACUGUAGAGAAACUGGCCCACUUAGGAAAGUUGUACUAGAACUGAGAUCAAAUGCACUGGCAUGGAAUCCAAUGGAGGCCUUCAUGUUUACUGUGGCAAAUGAAGAUUAUAAUUUAUACACAUUUGAUGUUCGAAAGUUAAAACAACCAGUAAAUAUCCAUCUUGACCACACUUCUGCAGUGGUAGAUCUUGACUAUGCACCUACAGGAAGAGAAUUUGUUGCUGGAAGCUAUGAUAAGACUGUUAGGAUCUUUGAAACACUCAAAGGCCAUUCGAGAGAUGUGUACCAUACAAAGAGAAUGCAACGGCUGACAUGCGUCAAAUGGUCUUUGGAUAAUAAAUACAUUAUGUCAGGUUCAGAUGAAAUGAAUAUUAGAAUGUGGAAGGCUAGAGCAUCAGAAAAGCUAGGUGUUUUAAAACCACGUGAACGCACCGCCCUAAACUACGCAGAUGCUCUCAAAGAGAAGUUUGCAAGUCACCCACAGAUAAAAAGAAUAGCUCGCCAUAGACAUGUACCAAAACACAUACUAAACGCUCAGAAGGAAUUAAGGACUAUUCGGGAGAAGUCUAAAAGAAAAGAUGCGAAUAGACGGGUUCAUAGCAAGCCUGGUACAGUACCUCAUGUGCCCGAAAGACAAAAACAUGUUGUUAAGGAAGAUGAAUAA